UCGAGCGCUUGUGCGAUUUAUUAAAUCGCACAGCGCUGCUCACACCCUGUUCAGGAAGGUGAACCCUCGCGUUCAGCUCGUCGAGCCCGUUGAGACACGGUUUGCAUCGGUUUUCCUGAUGCUGACGUGUCUCAAAGGCCGACGAGACGCGUUGGAGAGCAUGUUGCACAGGGAUGCUUGGGCACGCAUCCCGUGGGAUCGCUCGCAUGUAUCUCAGGGGCAGUGGGUGCAGCAGCAGAUCCGGGACGGGGAGUUUUGGCACUGUGUCCAGUACGCCAUCCUGGUCAUGUCGCCCGUCCACCAGCUGUUGCGCAGGAUGGAUAGGGGGGGGAUGAUGAUGUCCGUCGUUUACGAGUGGAAUCAGCAUCUGCUGCAGUUGAUAAGGAGGGUCGACGUGCCGACAGACAUGAUCGAGCCAUGCGUGCGUGAGGUUGCCAUCAGCAACCUCCACAUGCUAGAGCCCGCACAUGCCGCGGCCCACCUCCUCAACCCUCGUCGACGGUCCCUCACGUAUUACCAUUCGCUGGAGACGACCGCCGACGACCGUCGUGUGGUCGAGGAAUGCGACAGAUUUCUCCUGGCGCAGACCGGCGACGAUCCGGUCGGCAGAUUGUACAGGAGCGUGAAGGACCAGAUGAGGGCGUUCCACUCGAGGCGAGGGGAUUGGGGAGAUCGUGACCUCUCGGAUGCCGAGGUGGCUGAUUGCAAGGGGGACAGCGAGACCGAGCGAUGUGCAGCGUGGUGGUUUGAGCACGGACGUGCCCACCCGGAGUUGCGCACCAUCGCCAUCCGUGUCAUGCACUUGUGGACGUCUGCCUCUCCAGCGGCGAGAAACUGGGCGGAGCACAAGCGCGUCAGCAUGGCGAGGCACUGCAAGCUUGGGUUCGCCAAGCUUGCACAGCUGGUUGAGAUUGCCACCAAUCUCAAACUGGCCUCGUGCGCACGGCAGGGUGGUGGUUAUGUGUUGCCAUGGGUUAUGGGGACUGGUCGGGGGGGAACGACCGCACAGGAGGAGGAUGAGGAGGGAGAUGUGGAGCCCGAGGUGUGGGGAGCGCGACCUAAUGGCAGUGUUUCCAAGCAGGAGAUCCAGCGGCAGAUUGUCGCUUUCCAUGACAGCCGACCGUCCAGCGCCCGUUCGGUUCGGGACGUGUUCGGCAGCAGAGCGACGGAGCUGCGACCGUGGUCGGAGGGUGGGGAUGAUGUGGACGCUGCUGCGGCAGACGAUGACGUCGACGACGACUGGAUAGACGAUGAUGACACGUCGCUGAGUCGCGACCCAACGGCUGAGCGAGUGUACUUCACUUACGGUGGGGGUCGUGACGGCAUGGAUUCAUUCACAUCAGUUAUCACUGGUGGUGCGCCGUCGACCGCACAGGCGAGUGGCAGCAGCAGAGCCGGUGGUGGUCGUGGAGGACAUUCGCAUCUGGAGGUUGGCGUCGACGGCUCGGGGGAGCAGCAGCCACGGGGAGGUCUUCGACAGACAGGCAGGCGAUGGGAGGUUAGGAGCGACAGCGAGGCCGAGGGGGAGGUCGAGGAUGAGGAGGUGCCCCUUCGCGAUCGUCGCUUCUCUACCUCUCAUCAUCCGAUCUCUACACAGCCCGAGUCACUUAGGCAUUCGGAGAGGUUGGCGUCGGCAGCAGGCAGAGAGCGGACACAUGACGGCGAGGAUCGUGGGGGGGAGAGGACUCCUUCCGACGCCGGUAUCCGUCCCCGCUCGCCGUCGGUGCUCCGCACAGGCGACUUUGUGGGAGGGCUUGGUGGGAGCUUGGGAGAUUUCAGUGUCGAGGGACGUCGACGUGCCUCACCGGCGGAGGUGCGCACCGACACGGACGUUGUGCGAGGCCCUGUUGAGACUAAGGAGGAGAGGGAUGCCCGUUUGGACCGAGAGGAGGAGGAGCGGCUGGGGAGUUUGCCACGAUGGGAGAGUCGGUUCGUGUAUCUUGACGAGCAGCAUCGGCAGAGGGAGAUGGAGACAGGAGGGGGGGGAGGCCGUGACGUCGACGCCUCGGGUGUCCCUGAGGAGGCAGUUCAGGGGGAGUUCGAUGAUGAGGGACAGGAUGCCGCCGCGGGUGGUGAGUCAGGUGGUGGACGACGCGGCGACGAGGAGAUCGCGGUUGAUGAGGGGCAGAAUGUUGUCAUGGGCGGUGGGUCCCCUAGUGGGGGGCGUGGCGACAACGAGACCGCGGGUGAUGAGGGACAGGGUGUCGCCGUGGGUCGACAGGAUACCUCGGGUGUCGGUGGAGACGAUGACGACGACCACGGUCCCGAGGACGAUCCGUAUAGGCUCGCCUUGGUGUUGAGGGACCCCACAGUGCCUCCCUUGCGCCCUGACGACACAGCGCACACUUUUUUCGACGUCGACGUUUUGGCGCAAGUGUUGACGGAUGACCCUUUCGCACACGUGAGCCGCAAGAGCGCCAAGCAGCGGGCCCCUGGGAAGAUGGCAGGCCGCAUGCUUGGUUUGUCACGAGCAGAGACGAGGAGAUCAUUGGUCCUCGAGGCCGCAGGGACAUCCACGGACAGGCUGCGGGGAGAGCAGUUCACAUCGGGCGAGGAGGGGUUGUUGAUGUGUCCCGGGACGAGACGACGGCAUGGCCUCUCGGAGGUUGAGGCUCGACUCGCUACAGGGGUCGCCGCUGGGCAGGUAGCAUUGGACGCGAUUCAGAGCGAGAGAGAGAGGGGGAUUGCUGCACAGACGGAGGAGGACGAAGACGCAGACACAGAGUCCGAGCCGAUCGAGACUGCGAUCCGCAGACACAGGACACAGGUGGCCGCGGCAACCGCUGCAGCACAUGCAGCAUACGUCAGUGGGGCACGGGGCACAGGUGCCGGAGGGAGAGGAGGUCGCCGGGGAGGACUGCAUGGCCGCCCGUCCUCCGAGAGAGGCCGCGCGCACUCUGGUGGGAGAUGACGACGUCCGUGGUGUUUUUUUUUUUCAUUACUUUUUUUUUUUUUUCGCGUGGCUGUACAGCCUGGACGCUCUGUCGGCAGGGUUGUUGCAUAUUUAUAUCGAUGUUGUUCGAUGGAGACGACGACAGUAUGUGGACAUUAGGGUUUUCUUUUUCUUUUUUUUUGCUACUCGGUUGUACAGUAGAGACAACGGGUCCAAUAUUUUUUUGGUACUCUAUUGUGUAGCAGAGACGAUGGGUCCAGUUUUGUUUUGCUACUCGGUUGUACAGUACAGACUACGGGUCCAGUUUUUGGCUUCAGCCUUGUACAUACACAUUUCCAUUGAAAUGCUUUGUCAUAUAUUUGCUCUUGUUCUUGAUCCUCCGUCAACAUUGGUCUUGCAUCUGAGUCGCUGUUGUUUGGUGAUUGUUUUCUGCUCUGUUGUCAUGAUUGUUGCAAAUUAUGUGCUUCUCGGAUGCCACGCACCUGCAUGUCAUGGAUGCCUCCAUUAUGAAUGAGCUGUUAAUUUCAAAUGCAACAUAGGGAUGAUGUGCUAAUGAUAGUAAUGAUUGUGUUCUUACAUAAAUGAUGUGCUAAUGAAUGUCCAUCAGUCUC